GUGCCUGAUAAACUUCUUUGCGAUCCUGUUCGCUCGGGCGGAUUAAAAGCCAAAACGGAGGAAAGUUCAGAUGCUUCAAAGGAGGGUAGUCCGGCCACUCCCGAAAAAGAGGAAACAGAAACUCUGGAAGAAACGGGAGAAAAAUUGCCGGAAAAAAGUGCUUCUCCCGAGCUUUCUCCACACACUGCUCUCACCUUUUCUGAACUAAUUGAAGCCGUAAAUGCGGCGUCCGAAUUACCUCUCUCCUUGGAGGGUUUAGGUGAUGAUGAAAUUUUUGAAUUUUGUCGGAAUGUUUCCCAUCUUCCGGAAGUAGCUUAUCAAACUUUUAAAAAUGGUUGGGCUAGAAAAGCUUUUUGGUGGGAAUCUAACGAGGAA